GCGGAGUGGAUGCUGAUCGCUCUCUAUCUGCUGCCCUGUGCCCUCCAUCCCUCUGCGAUCAGACAGACACGGACAGGGGAUAUCCGAGGAGGUUUUUUGGCGAGGAUAGAGACACAGACCUGCUGCUGAUGAAGGAAGUCUGAUGUAGAUGCUGAGCCAGAGGAGAGCCCAGCGAGUAGCAGCAGCAGUAGCAGCAGCAGUGGGGCUGUAGAUGCUCUCUCCACAGCUCCGGCCCCAGCCCCCCCUAAGGCCUCUGCAGGAGAGCCAGGACAGACAGGAGACAGCUCCUGCUCUGGCUCUGACAGUCCUGUAGAUUCCAGCAGCUGCGGGGAGGAGGAGGAGGAAGAGGAGGAGGAGGAGGAGGAAGACCCCAAUAUGUUCUCUUCCAAAUUUCUUAGCGGGGCCAACCCCCUCAAUGCUGUGUCUUCUGCUGUGAAUAAGUUUGGUUUAUUUGGAGAUGAUGGGGAGGGGAAUAAAAAUCAAAAAAACCCUUCCCAGCAGGGGGUGAAGCAAUCUGGAGAACAGCAGCCAGGAGCAGGCCCUGGCAAAGGCCCUCAACAGCAACAGGGCCCGCCUAUGCAAAAGAGCCAGCCUCUCCCUAAACAAGGAUCACCACAGCUGCAUGGGAAUGGACAGGCUGGAGCCCCAAACAAGCCUGGUGGGCAACAAGCUGCUUCAAAGGCAGGGUCACUGCCUGGAGGACACCAAGGUACACCUAAGCCUGGAGCUCAACCAGAAUCUCCAAAGCCAUCAGCACAGCAACAGGUCCCAGCUAAGACAGGGAUGCAACAACAAGGGCCUACUAAGACUGGUGCACAGCAACAACAACCUACAAAGACUGGGGUGCAAGAGUCCACAAAGGUUGGGUCACCUAAAGUAGGACAGCAGCACCAGGGAUCCCCAAGAACUGGACAGCAAGGACAGGGCUCACCUAAACUUUCACAGCAACAAGGUUCCCCUAAAGUUGUACAGCAACAACAGGGCUCACCUAAUUUGGGACAACAACAGCAAGUCUUCAGGACUACACCCCAGCAGCAAUACACUGAAAAGCCUGGGACUCAGCAACAAGACCCUAAGGGACCUGGUACACCUGGCCUAUCCCGAGCAGUGUCUUCAUCACCGGGAGCGACCAAAGCUGGAUCUCAGUCAAAAGCAGUAGCUAAGUCCCUUUGCCCAGUGUGUAAAACCACAGAACUUAAUAUGCACACCAAGGAACCACCUAACCAUAAAACUUGUACACAGUGUAAAACUGAAGUGUGCAGCUUGUGUGGCUUCAGCCCUCCAGACUCUGAUGGGCGUGAGUGGCUUUGUCUUACCUGCCAGGUACAGCGAGCUCAAGGAACUUCUGAAAGACCAGGACCUUCCAUGAAAAAGCCCACAACCAACAAAGAGAUGUCAGCUCCAGGUUCACCUCAGAAAAUGCAGUCUACAUUGGCAAAAGUACCAACCAAGGAUGAAGGUGCUAAAGGGCCAGAAACUCAAGGACAGUCCAGCCCAGCUUCUGUUCAGAAAAUGACACCUGAGACCCACAGAACAUCAUGGUCUCAAAAACCUGAUCAGACUAGUCAAACAGGACGCAAGCAAAGCGUUGCCACCCCAGCUCCCCAGCAGGAGUCAGGAGGCUUAUUUGGCUUUGGUGGGGCCAAAACUGAAGCUGCAAAGGUUGAAGAGUCAGUGACUGGGAAGAUGUUUGGCUUUGGUUCCUCCAUUUUUAGUUCUGCGUCUACUUUGAUAGCCUCAGCUGUUCAGGAUGAGCCCAAAACGACACCACCAGUUUCUCCCAAAAUGCAGUCUACAAAGGAGACCAAACCACCUACUGUCCAAAAGUCAGCGCAAGACAAGAAACAAGAGCAACCCCAGCAGGCAAAAGCUCAUCCUGCAGGGCAAGCCAAAGUUCCAUCAGAGAUUCCAAAGGCAACAACAGCCUCCCACAAUGAUCCUAAAGAAGGCAAAUCCACUUGUCCUCUCUGUAAGAUGUUGCUCAACAUGGACCCAAAGGAUCCUCCCAAUUACAACACCUGCACUGAAUGCAAAAGCACUGUGUGCAACCAAUGUGGAUUUAACCCCAUGCCAAAUGUUAAAGAGGUAAAGGAGUGGCUUUGUCUAAACUGCCAGGUGAAACGAGCUGCUGGCGGAAUUGAACCUCAGAAAGACACAUCUUUCGCUAAUUCAUCAUUUAAAAAAAGUACUCCAGCACAGCCUACACUACAAAAGACAUCUGCACCAGGCUCUCCUCAGAGGAAAGUAUCUACACCCACAGCUCAACCAUCCAAAGCUGAAGUUGCUAAAGGACCAGACAGUCAUAAACAGGCCAGUCUACCUCCUGGUCAGAAAACACCUCAGGAGAGCCGGAAGAUAGGUCCUCAGAAGCAACCAGACCAGACAAGCCAAACUGCACAAACUACACAGCAAGAGUCAGGAGGGUUCUUUGGUUUUGGUGGUCAGCCUGUUGCUGCAAAGGCUGCAGAGUCAGUGAGUGGGAAGAUGUUUGGUUUUGGUUCCUCCAUCUUCAGUUCUGCAUCCACUUUGAUGACCUCAGCUGUUCAGGAUGAGAUCAAAACUACUCCACCAGUUUCUCCCAAAAUGACAAUGGCUACAAAGGACUCCAAAUCCCCCACUGCCAAGAAACCAGAACAACCCCAGCAGAACAAGGGUUCUCCAUCAGUACCAUCGAAAGUGGACAACCCUCCAUUAGAGCAGCCAAAGAGAGCACCAGCUUCCCCAGUUGUUUCCAAAGCAGGCCAGUCUAGCUGUCCUCUCUGUAAACUGGAACUCAAUGUAGGCUCUAAAGAUCCUCCCAACUACAAUACUUGUACAGAGUGCAAAAACACUGUCUGUAUCCAGUGCGGAUUUAAUCCCAUGCCAAAUGUGAAUGAGGUGAAGGAGUGGUUAUGUCUCAACUGCCAGAUGCAGAGAGCUCUAGGAGCAUCGGAGCCUCCAGGAACUCCAACGAUGAAACUACAGGCCUCACCAACUAAAGUCACUACACCUGCCAAAUCCUUAAAUAAGGAAACAUCCCCACUAGAUAAACCACAAAAGAAAGAAAUUCCAAAACCUGUUGAAUCUAAAAUAAAGGAGGCCUCUGCACCAGGCUCCCCUCAGACGAAACCACUAACACCAGUAGAGCAGCCAGCAAAGGAUGAAGCCAUGAAAGGACAAGAAAGACAGAGACAGGUCAGCCCAGCACCUGGUCAGAAAACUCCACAGGACGGUUGGAAAAUAGGUCCUCAGAAACCACCAGACCAGACAAGACAAACUGGACGUAAGCAGAGUAAUACUACCUUAACACAAGAGGAAUCCGGAGGAUUAUUUGGAUUUGGUGGUCCUAAACCUCAACCUGAGGCUGCAAAGUCUGCUGCAUCACUGGGUGGAAAAAUGUUUGGCUUUGGUUCCUCCAUCUUCAGUUCUGCAUCCACUUUAAUAAACUCAGCUGUCCAAGAUGAUUCGAAAAUGACACCGCCAGUUUCUCCCAAGAUGCCUGUCGCAAAGGCACCCAAAUCACCUCUUCCUCAGAAAAAAGAGCAGGAGAAGAAACUAGAGCAAGACCAACAGCCCGGUACCUCUCAAUUGAUACAAGCCAAAGUCGUGAAAGCUCCAUCAGAGUCUCCAACGGAUGCAGCUGCUUCCCCAGCUGUUGCCAAGGCAGGACAAUCUACCUGUCCACUCUGUAAGGUGGAACUCAACUUUGGCUCUAAGGAACCUCCCAACUACAACACCUGCAGUGAAUGCAAAACCACUGUCUGUAACCAAUGUGGAUUUAAUCCAAUGCCAAAUGUGUCAGAGGUGAAAGAAUGGCUGUGUCUGAACUGUCAGAUGCAGAGAGCUCUUAUUGCAUCUGAACACACAGGACCUCCUAUGAAACCUCACAGUGCAGCUAACAAAAUUUCUCCAUCCGCUGUACAUCAGAAAAUAACAGAUCAGAAUCAAUUGGAAACUCUAAAGAAAGAAUUAUCAAAAUCUGAUGCACUGGCAAUGACUGAAACUCCAGUGUCAGAUAUACUUCAAAAGAAGGGGAGUUCUACACCAGGGCCUCCACAGAAGACACAGUCUACAGCAGUAACACAGGCAAUUAAGGUUGCUAAAGGACCAGAAAGUGACACACAGGUUAGCCCAACUCCUGGUCAGAAAACUCCUCUAGACAUUCCUCAGGUAUCAGGUUCUCAGAAACCAACUGACGAGGCAGGUCAACUGGAACUAAAACAGAGUAAGGUGACCCCAGAUAUACAGUCAGGAAACCUAUUUGGUUUGAGUGGUCCUAAAACAGGUCCUGAUGCUGCAAAAACAACAGAGUCUGUGACUGGGAAGAUGUUUGGCUUUGGUUCCUCCAUUUUCAGCUCAGCAUCUACAUUGAUAUCAUCCGCUGUUCAGGAUGAAUCACAAACUACACCACCAGGCUCUCGGAAGAUGUCUGCACCAGCACAAGUCUCUCCCAAGGUGUCUACUAUGCCCAAACGUUCUCCAAAAAGUACACCGGCUGUUUCUCCCAAAAUGUCGCCAGCUAGAGAGCCCAAAACUCUUGUUCAGAAACAAGAGCAGGAGAACAAACAGGAAAACAAAGCUCAGUCACAGCCACCAAAGGCAGCAACAAUCUCCCAAACUCCUCCUAAUGUAGGCCAGGCCACCUGUCCACUGUGUAAGGCCGAGCUUAACAUCAGCUCCAAAGACCCUCCAAACUACAACACCUGCACUGAGUGUGAGACCACUGUCUGUACCCAAUGUGGAUUUAACCCAAUGCCUAUAGGACAGGUAAAAGAGUGGCUAUGUCUUAACUGUCAGAUGAAAAGAGCAGUUGGGGCAACUGAGCCACCAGGGCCUCCCACAAUGAAGUCCCAAACAUCACCCAGUAAAUUUCCUACACAUGCUGCAGUCCAGUUGAAGGAUUCUUCCAAACCAACUGUACCUCAAAAGGACAGUCCAGGCCCUGCUGUACAAAAGAAGGAGACCCCAGAGACAGUCUCACCACAGAGAAAGCAGUCUAUAACAUCAGUGCAGUUAGGCAAAUCCGAAGCUACUGCUGCACUAUUGAUGCAGGCCAGCCCACCACCUGAUCAUAAAACACCACAGGAAAGACAGAAGACAGGUCCAAAGAAGCCACCAGAUCAGGCAAGCCAACCUGGACGUAAGCAGAGUAAUGCCACCACAGCUACGCAGCAAGAGUCAGGAGGCUUUUUUGGCUUUGGUGGUCCUAAAUCUCAACCUGAUGCUUCAAAGUCUGCAGAGUCAGGGACCGGAAAAAUGUUUGGCUUUGGUUCCUCCAUCUUCAGCUCUGCAUCUACUUUCAUUACCUCAGCUGUUCAGGACCAGCCCAAGACUACUCCACCAGUUUCUCCCAAGAUGUCCCCAGCAAAAGAGAUCAAAUCCCCUGCUGCCCAAAAUAAAGAACAACAGAAGAAAGCAGAGCCAUCCAAGAAGACCGAGACACCUCCAUCAGGGCAGGGCAAAUUGGACAAAGCCCAAGCAGAGCCACUAAAGGCUGCAGCACCUUCCCAAGUAGCUUUCAAACCAGGCCAGUCUACCUGUCCACUCUGUAAGGUCGAACUCAACGUUGGUUCCAAGGAUGUACCCAACUACAAUACCUGCACUGAAUGCGAGAACACUGUAUGUAACCAGUGUGGAUUUAACCCUAUGCCAAAUGAAACAGCGAUGAAGGAGUGGUUGUGUCUCACCUGCCAGAUGCAGCGGGCUCUAAGAGUGGCGCAGCCCCAAGAAGUCGCUUCUGUCAACUCUCAGAUACCUGCAAACCCCCAAAAGAAAGACACAAUCAGCAUAGCUGAACCUGAAAAGAAAGAGUCAUCUUCACCACACUCACCUCAGAGGAAACUGUCUGUAACAGCACAGCCAGUUAUAGCUGAGGCUGCUAACAAGGCAGAGGGUCAGAAACAGUCCAGUCCAGUUCCUUCUCAGAAAAGGCCACAUGAGCUCCAGAAAACAUCAGGUCCUAAUAAAACACCAGACCAGACAAGGAAAACUGAACAUAAGCAGAGUAAUGCCACCACAGCUACACAGCAAGAGUCAGGAGGCUUCUUUGGCUUUGGUGGUCCUAAAUCUCAACCUGAUGCUUCAAAGCCUGCCGAGUCAGGGACUGGGAAAAUGUUUGGCUUUGGUUCCUCCAUCUUCAGCUCUGCAUCUACUUUCAUUACCUCAGCUGUGCAGGACCAGCCCAAGACCACUCCACCAGUUUCUCCCAAGAUGUCCCCAGCAAAAGAGGUCAGGUCCCCAGCUGCCCAGAAGAAAGAACAGCAGAAGAGGCCAGAACAACCCCAGCAGACCAAGACACCUCCAGUGGUACAGGCAAAAGUGGAAAAAGCUCCAUUAGUGCCUCCAAAGGCUGCAGCAGCCUCCCAAGCCACUGUCAAACAAGGCCAGCUCACCUGUCCACUCUGUAAGGUUGAGCUCAAUUUGGGAUCCAAGGAUCCACCUAACUACAAUACUUGCACUGAAUGCAAGAACACUGUCUGUAACCAGUGUGGAUUUAACCCCAUGCCUAAUGUGUCAGAGAUAAAGGAGUGGCUGUGUCUGACUUGUCAGAUGCAGAGAGCUCUCACAGCAACCAGAUCAGUAGAGCCUCCAAUGAUGAAACCCCAGACAUCACCCAACAAAGUGUCCACGCCUGCUGCUGCCCAAAAAGACACCACUGCCAAUCAAAAGAAAGACAUUAUUUCCACACAAAAAUCAGAAGAGCCAGACAAAAAUCAUAAGGACAAGCCAACACCAGGUGCACCACAAAAUAAAUCAGAAACUAAACCCCAAUUUCUAAUGGAUACUACCCAAACCAAAUCAACCUCUGCCUCCCUGCCUGCAAAGGAGACUCCAGGAACUGUUUCAACUGCGACAAAAGAGGAGAUAACUGGUAAACCACCUUCCAAGAAGGUUCCAACCUCCACUGCACCUUCUACCAAAGAGACCACAGCUGUUGUUUCAGACCUCAAUAAACUACUGCCUGCUCCUCCUGAUGUACAGGGUAUUCUCCAGAAGAAAAAAGACAUCACUCCACCAAGUUCCCCUGCAACUAAAGAAGUAUCUGAAAAGAAAGAGGACAAAGCUGAAAUACUUCAGAAAUCAGCUGAUCAUCCAGUGACAUCCUCUGAUGUAGUACAGCCCCAACAAGCCUUAAACAAAGAAUCAAACCCCGCUGAAACAUCCCUUGCCAAAUCUGCUCCUCCAGCAGUGGAGCCAACAAAUCAAGAAUCAGGAGGUUUCUCCAGCUUAAGUAGUCCUAAAUCUCAGCGCACUGCCUCAAAAACAACUGAAGCGGUGACUGGGAAGAUGUUAGGAUUUGGUUCAUCCCUCUUCAACUCAGCAUCCACCUUGAUAACAUCUACAGUUCGGGAGGAAUCCCGCACAACACCACCAAGUUCACGCAAAAUGUCUGCUCCAGGACAAGUCUCUGACAAGAUUUCAGGAUCGCAGAUUUCUCCAAAGUCCAGCCCUCCAGUUUCUCCAAGGAUGGAUUCAGCAAAGGAGGUAAAACCGUCUACUGCUCAGAAACCACACCUGGAAAAGAUACUGGACCAGCCUCAGCAGGUCAGGGCUCCUCCACCAGGACAGGCCAAAGUGGACAAGGGUCCAUCAGAGACUCCAAAACCAGAAUCCUCCCAGGUCUCUCCCCAAGUGGGCCAGUCUGUUUGUCUACUCUGUAAGGCGGAACUUAACAUGGGCUCCAAAGAUACUCCCAACUACAACACCUGCACUGAAUGCAAAACCACUGUCUGCAACAAAUGUGGAUUUAAUCCUAUGCCGAAUGUAACAGAGGUGAAGGAAUGGCUUUGUCUCAACUGCCAGAUGCAGAGAGCACUUGGAGCUUCUGAACCUCCAGGCCUUCCCAUGAUAAAACCCCAACCCUCACCAAGCAGAGAGAUCCCCGCCACCACACCGAAGAAAGAGACCCUAAUGUCAGCUUCUCAGGAAGACAUUCCGAAACCAGUCACAACCAAAAAUGAGCUUAUUACUGUUGCCACACCCAAAGAAACUGAAUCAGCCCUUGGCCCACCAACAAAAAAAGUUAGCUCUACAGCUGCCUUGCCUGACAAAACUGUUCCAUCCACUGUCACAAACACUGAUGUUUCCCCUUCUGGAGAGACACCAAAAGAACAACCUGGACCGACACAGCAACAGCCUCCAACAGCUGUGACUUCUAUUACUAAGUCUGCUCCUCCACCAGAUCCAGAGGCAGGAAAGCCACACCCAGAACAGCCUCCAAAAGCUGAGACUUCUAUUUCUAAGUCUGCUCCUCCACCAGGUCCAGAGGCAGGAAAGCCACCCCCAGAACAGCCUCCAAAAGCUGAGAUUUCUAUUUCUAAGUCUGCUCUUCCACCAGGUCCAGAGGCAGGAAAGCCAACCCCAGAACAGCCUCCAAAAGCUGAGACUUCUAUUUCUAAGUCUGCUCCUCCACCAGGUCCAGAGGCAGGAAAGCCACCCCCAGAACAGCCUCCAAAAGCUGAGACUUCUAUUUCUAAGUCUGCUCUUUCACCAGGUCCAGAGGCAGGAAAGCCACCCCCACAACAGCCUCCAAAAGCUGUGACUUCUAUUGCAAAGUCUGCUCCACCACCAGACAGAGAAGCGGGAAAGGCACCCCCACAACAGCCUCCAAAAGCUGAUACCUCUCCAGCCAAAUCUGUACCACCGUCAGCUCAGACUGCAAAACAGGAGUCAGGAGGCUUCUUUAGUUUUGGUGGUCCUAAAACACAGCCUUCUGCAGCAAAGUCUGCAGAGUCAGUGACUGGAAAGAUGUUUGGCUUUGGGUCAUCUUUCUUAAGCUCUGCAUCCACUUUGAUAACCUCAGCUGUCCAGGAUGAACCUAAAAUGACACCUCCGACUUCCCGUAAGAUGUCCACUACUGCCCAUGUCUCUCCUAAAACUACACCACCAGCCUCUCCUAAAACGUUACCUGCAAAGGACACCAAGCCACCUGCUGUCCAGAAAUACGAGAAGAACCCACAGCAAGAAAAGACUCCUUCAACAGUACAAGCCAAAGUGGACAAAGUUCCAUCUGAGCCCCCCAAGGCACCAGCAGACACCCAAGGUGCUCUGAAAGCAGAUCAGUCUAUUUGUCCCCUGUGUAAGGUCGACCUGAACAUGGGCUCCAAAGAUCCUCCCAACUACAACACUUGCACCAAAUGCAAGACUGCUGUCUGCAACCAAUGUGGAUUUAAUCCAAUUCCAAAUGUGGCAGAGGUAAAGGAAUGGCUUUGUCUGAACUGCCAGAUGCAGAGAGCCUUAGGAGCUUCUGAGACCACUGGACGCCCUGUAGUGAAACCUCAGUCCUCCCCAAGCAAGGUUUUUACACCUCCGGGCUCUGAACAGACGGAUAUGCCAACAUUAGUCCAGAAGGAGAAGUCUACAGAAUCUACAGCAGUUAAAAAAGAGGUCACUCAAGCAACUCCGGACAAAAAAGAAACCCCCAAAGUUGAGGCUCCAGUGCUAACUGCAGUCCAAAGGACAGACACACCACAACAAAUUUUAUGCAAAAGACAACAGGUCAGGAUGUGGCUAGCCAGCAGAAGCCUGUUGAAAAAACUCCACACGUACAUGUUUCUCAAACUACAAAACCAGAAGUCAAGGCAGGUCUUGCAAAACAAGAAGCUGGAAAAUCACAACCUCCCUCCAAAUCUCUCUGCAUCUACAUUGAUAACCACAGCUGUUCAGGAGGGACCUAAAACUACACCACCUACUCCACGUAAGAUGUCCACUACAGCCAAUGUCUCUCCUAAAACUACACCUCCAGUUUCUCCUAAGAUGACCAAACCACCUGCUGUGCAGAAAGAGACAUCUCAACUGGCCAAGCCAGUUCCAUCAGCACAGGCCAAAGCAGAGAAAGCUCCAUCAGAGCCAACAAAAACCACAGAAGUGAUCCACGUUGCUCCUAAAGCAAGUGUGUCCACCUGUCCUCUCUGUAAGGUCGAACUCAACAUGGGCUCUAAGGAUCCUCCCAAUUAUAACACCUGCACCGAAUGCAAGAACACUGUCUGCAGUCUUUGUGGAUUUAACCCCAUGCCUCAUACAGCAGUGAGACAGUUUACCACAGGAUCAGCCCAAAUGGCACAUUUUUAUGGAAAUAACACAAAAGUGAUAAUUUUCCAAACUGACUAUUCAAAAAUCAAAGAUGAAGCAGGUGUAGCUGCAGCUUUAUCUUUCCCAGUGAAUGAGGUUACACUUGUCCCGACCUCACCUAUUGCUGCAGAAGUUGUUAUGGCUGGAGUUGUUCCAGAGACUGAAACAAAGCCAGAACUCUCUGCUCCAGAGAUUAUUGUUAAGGAAGAACAGCCUUAUGAUCAUAUCAAACUGACAGGCACAGCAAAGUCUUUACAGCAAGUUGUGGUGCAACCAAAGUCACAAGAACGACAGCUGGUACUGGAAGUAGAACCAAUCAUAGCAGCUGACAGAAAGGAAGAGCCUGAUAAGUUGGUUGAAAAGAUUUUUGAUGUCACCUCAACUCCAGACACACAACCAGUAUCUACAAAGAACAUCAUCAUAAAAGAGCAAGAUGAAACCAAAAAAGAGUCAAUGAAAGAAAGAAAGGUCUCCCUAACUACUGGGCAGGUUAAACUGGAAAACAUAGUUGCCUCUGUGACAACUGCUAAGCCUAAAUCCAAAGCAGAGGAGCUUGAAGAUAUACCCCAGAUUUUACCCAUAUCGCAAGAAGCAAAGAACGGGAAAGAAGUUAGUGAUACAAGUAAAAAUGAUGUAAUUGCAGACCCAUCCAUGCCAGUAAAGGAGGAUGUUAAAGCUGAGAGAAGGCAACUAAGUUUCCAGGAAAUGGGUCAGAGCAGUGGAAGUGAACUCACACCUUCACCUGAAGUUCAGAGGAGGCGGAAGGUGAGCAAUGCUUCAUCCAGCAGUGAGGACAUCAAAACUGAAAGCGCUGACUCCUCUAUGGAAGAUGAAGAGUUCAUACGCAAGCAGAUAAUGGGUAUGGGUGAUGAAGAAGUAAUGUCUCUUUCAGAAGAUGAGAAAGAUAACAAUUUGGCAAAUGAGGAAGCUAUCAAGGAGUCUGAGCUUGAUAAUGUUUCAGUCACAGCCAAAUCACUUUCUAGAAAAGGUAGCACAGAUCAUGAAGACAGCCCAGCCAAGAUAAAAGCCCUUCCGAAAACAGACACUGCAACUAUCCAAGAUGUCCCUGAAACGUUGCCCAGCACUACUUUCAAGAAAGCUAUUCCAGUCAUAAGACAGAGACAAAGCACAGAUGAAGAAGUAGAGAGCAUCACAGAAUCCUUGUCAAAGGGAUCAUCUAGUGUUCAGGCAUCUAGCAUUACACCAGGAUCUUCACCUACAUCAGCCUCAUCUUUGGAGGAGGAUAGUGAUAGCAGCCCCAUUCACAAGAAAGUCAGUGGGGACAAACAGUAUCGCAAAGGUAAGCACAGACAGCCAACCAAGCCUCUCCCCACAAUUGAAGACUCCUCUGAGGAAGAAAAAAUGCGGGAGGAAGAGAAGUCUAGGAAAAACAAAGAUGAACUUAGGGCCCAAGGCCAACCACUGUCUCCAGCUGAAGAUGUUUCCUCCACAGAGAAUCUGAGACAGGUCACCAUAAUGGAUGAAACCAAUAAAACAUCUGGCUCGGAGUACUCUGCCAGUAUAGAAUCAGAACCAGAGGCUUGGCGAACUGUACAAACAGGAUCUAAGCCUUCACCAACAGUGAUGCCAUAUACUUCUUCUGAUCCAUUUAAAGAGAUGGACACUGUGACAAAAUCUUUAAAGAGUGCUGAAGAAGCAUAUGAGGAAAUUAUUCAGAAGACAAAAUCUAUUCCAGGGGAAAGUCCUCCUGAUAUUGAACCGCUCUAUGGAGGAAUGGCAAUAGAGGACUAUCUUUACGAAUCCUUAGUUGAGGAACCUGAAAUUAUGAUGAGUCCAUCUCAACGGGAAGAACCCAAACAGGAUACUGGCUCUGAAUCUCUCAAAAAACUCAGGUCUCCAGAGGAAGUUUAUGAGGAGAUGAUGCAGAAAAAGAGAGAACUGAUGAUGAUAGAACAAGAGUUUCAACAGGCCCGGACUGCCAUCGAAUCUUCCUCAUCAGAGACUUAUGUCACUGGGCCGCCCAAGGUUGCUGAGACUUGUGUGGUGACCAUACUCAUGGAAGAGACAUCCCUCAUUGGACAAAUUGAUGUGCCUCUUGCAUGCACUGAAACUUUGAGUGAAAUGCCAAUGAAGAAAAAGAAACGGCCAGCUCCACCACGCCCCUCUGAACCCCCUAAGCGCUCUGAGGUGACUGUUGUUCCCAGUACUCCUAGUGGAUCUAUAGGUUUUGUUAGGCCUAUGGUACCUCAAGAUCCUGCACUCAGAAAGGCAUUGUUCCCCAUACCAGACCUCAAGAUUACCCAAUGUUCAUCUGGGGAGGAAGAGGAUGACAGUCUUGCAGACGAGUACGGUGUUGGUGUUUCCUCUGACAUUACACCGAGUGAUGAGUCUGAGACUAAAGAUGAUCCAUCCAUAAGCUCACUUUUAUCUGACACUGCUGAAAUGGAGCCUAUAUGUGUGGUCUGUGAAAUUCCAGUGCCAAAACCUAUUCCAACUCCGAUAUCAGCCCCAGAACUAACUACUACACCUUCCCCUGUGUCACCAGUGUCACCUCCAACUUCACCAGCCACUCCAGAUUCCAGUUUGGCUUCUAAUGCUACAUCUUCAUCCUCAUUUCAGGCUCAAACACCUAUUUCAUCAGAUUCAACUCCACUGUCUACACCAACACCUCCAACUUCAUUUGUAUCCCAGUCACCUCCAGAGAUCUCUCCACUAUUGCCUGCUUCAAUUCCAGCAGCACUGUCUAGUGUGGACCCAGUCUCUUGUCCCACUCCAACCACAGUUAUAGUUACAAUACCAGAUGUGGUGUCUGAUCCAUCCAAAGCUCAAACAACUGCAGUAGUUCAAGUUAAGGCUUCUACAGUUGAAACACCAAAUCAAGUCUUAGUGGAGUCUACUCCUGUACCUGUACCCCCGGUUGAAAUGUCAGAUUUAGUUUCAUCUCUAUCUCAGGUGCCAAUUGAAGCUCCAUCUGUUAUUGUCUCAGCUCAACCUACAGCCCUAGUUGCAUCCAAACCUGUUGUGGUCUCCAUUUCAGCUUCAGCCCAUGUUGUUUCUGCUUCUGUCACUCUGGCCUCAUGCCCUGGUUCAGUCAUAGUCCAGAUGCCUGACCUGGUUUCAACUACAUCUCCAAUCUCAGCACAAUCUCCACUACCAGUCUCAGCACUUGUAACUACCCCAGCUCUAGCCCUAGCAAAAGUGGUCUCUGUACAACCAGCCAUCCCGUCUAAGAGCCCAGUGAUAGUCCCAGCUUUGGCUCAAACAGGCCAGGUGCCAGCUCCAGCUCCAGUAUCAACUACUAUAGUCAAAAAGAAGGUUCCACCUCCUCCUCCCCCUCGGUCUACUUCAGUGUCAUUACCUGAGCCCAACACAGAGCUGCCACUAGUAAGGACUGUUCAGCAUAUCACCCCUACUAUGACCACCACCAUAGCUAUGGGAACAGUGGCCUGCCAGCCAAUGCAUUCUAUAGUUGUGGAUAUGCAGCCAAGAAUAGAAGACAUACAACCAGACAUUGUAUCUGUACCCAAAGUACUAUCCCCAACCAGACAAGAGCAUGUAGUCACCAUAGUGCCCAGUGUGGAAAACAUAUCUCUGCUUGGACAAACCCAACAAGACAUAUCUAGCACAGGGUCAAUACCUUCUACCCCUUAUCUGAAACAAAGUAGUCAAAUAGCCAAACACCGUGCUUCAGAUAUACCCAGCACAGAUACAGCUUCACUAUCCCAGGUGUCAGCAACGCCAAUAGCUUCAGCUCCACCACUUGUGCCUAAAUCUAUGGCAGGGGCAAAAGUUAUAGACACAGUAGAAAUACCUGUGGCAGAUACACCUCCACCACCUCCUACCACUUUACCCAAGCCAACGGUUUAUCCAAAGGCACAAGUUCCCCCUGCAGGUAUAAUUGCUACAACCAUAGCAGCACAAGUUCCAGUUACAACAACUGGCCCUAGUCAAACCACCAGACCUCCUCCUCCCAUACCACCUAAGCCUAUAUCAAUUCCAGCUGGAUUGGUUUUCAGCCACAAGCCAGGAGAGAGUGUAAAGCCACCACCACCUCCUGUGGCCCCCAAGGCUGCAACACUGCCCAGGACCAAAGAACCUCCAAAUGCUCUGUCACUUAGCCUGACAAGACCUGUGGACUCUAAGUUAAGUGCAACUUCUCCUAAAUCACCUUUGUCUCCUAGACAUGCGAAAUGCUUGCAAACCUAUGUUGUGAUAACCCUUCCAUCUGAGCCUGGCUCACCGUCAGAAGGCAUAACAGUCCAGGCACCUGUAAGACGAGGCUCCAUCCCAUCUGCAAAUGUGUCGGAGGUACGGACUACACCUUCAGAGCAGAAACCCCCCACUGAAGCAUUCUCAGCUCAGGCUACAGUUAGGAGAGCCUCUGUCCCCACUGUAAGUCAUCCACCUCCAAUACCAGUAGCUCCAACUGCACUAGUGCAAGUGACACCCUCUGACAUUGUGGCUGCUAAUGUGCAAGAAAAGAGAGACACUGUGUCUUCUGUGCAACCACCACCAUCUGUGGCUGACGUCAUCACAGUGUCAUCAGGUCAAGACAAAUCUAUUCAGGCACAAAGUGUACCUCUUCUAAUUAAGAAACCAUAUCUGCAACAACAAGAAUCAGUUCCUCAGCCACUGCCACCACCUUCAACAAUGUCUGAGGUCAUCACAAUGCCCCCAGAUCCAAAGUUUCUUAUUCAACCAUCAACAGUCCAAGCCAUAGCAAGAGGAAAGACUAUACCAUUUGUUGCUCAGCAUCCAAACAUAGCCACAGAGGUCAUAACAGUUCCACCAGAGGUUUCAGCUGAAGCAUUAGUUCUUCAGGCCCCUAUACCAACUGUACCUGUGCAGCCACUGUCUCUGUCAGAAGUUGUUGCUGUACCAUUGCAGCCUGAUGUUCCUUUAGAUACACUAGUUCCUGAAGAUGGACCAGCUGCAGUCCCCUCAACUGUUCUUUAUCCAAACGUUGAAACUCAAAUAGAAAUACUACAACAAGAACAUGAUAUGCCCACUGAUGUCACUGUCACUGAGGCACUUGUCAUAAGAUCACCAAUACCAGCAGUGAGCCAGCAAAUUCCUGUUCAACAGCGACUUACGGUAGUUGAAGCAGUGACUCACUCUACAGAGCAAGAAUUGUCAACAGGUUUUAGCAAUACUCACCCAUCCGUACCACAAACUAGUCAGCCUUCACAAGUUCUGCCUUUAGUAACAGAGCAGCUGUCUACGCAGCAAAACCUUCCUGAAUCUGAAGUGGUGACCCUCCCUACAAAGUUUGAAUUACCUACAGAGGUAAUUACAACUGGCACUGCUAUUAGAAUACUAGGAGCAUCAGUAAUGCCAGUACCUCAUCCUCUACCCGUACUAGCUGAAGUAACCCCAACACCUGAAGCUGCUAAGGUAUUGCCACUAACUACAGUUGCACAGAUGAUAACUCAUACAACUGGUGAAGUAACAGCACCACCUCUUAUGAUGGAAGUCCAACAAAUGGGAGUACAGGCAGAUGUACCUUGUGUUACUUACAUUCCACAGGUCCAUGGAACAAUUACAUCCUCAGUCAUGUCACAUUCAACACCACCACUGGAGGUCAUAGCAUCACAGCCUGAACGUGAGACACCCACAGAAAUUAUUACAAAGGAUGUUGAUGAAAGAAGAGGUUCAGUACCAUCAACAGUGAUGCAGCCUUGGGCAGUGCCUGCCAUGCCAGUUGGAGUUAUUGCAACUCAGGAAACCGCCAGUAGGAGGACAUCAAUAUCAUCCAUAGUACAGCCACCAUACACCACAAGUGAGAUAUUUACCUAUCCAGAGUAUGAAACGCCCACGCAGGUGGUCACAACUGAGGCCUUUGCUGCCACAAGGAGAGAAUCCAUAACCAUGCAGCAACCAUUACCACUGGCACAGGUAAUAAACGUGGCAGCUGAAAAAGAUGUUCCUAUUGCCUAUGCAGUUCAGGUCCCCCAUAGUAGAGGAUCUAUUCCUUCAACAGAACAAAGACCACACAUGACUUAUUCAUUGGAAUAUGAUCAACCUCUGGAGAUAAUAACCACUGAUGUGUACAGUAGGAGAUCUUCAAUGCCCACUGUACAUGACAUUCCACAGGGUGUAUCCCUGGCUCCAGUCACCAUCACUAAAAUUCAGCAAGAGUCUAUUGAGAGCCAAGAAAUUCGAGGACCAGAAAAGGUGGUCUCCAGUAUGAGUCACAUGUAUUCUUCUUCAAUUUCCACUUCAGGCCAGCCUCCUGAAAGCCUGCCUAACCUAGUCACUCAGGUUGUCACCACUGAGGUCCAGAGGACCACUGUUUCUGUUGUCCAUGAAAGACUUCCACAGGUCUCUUCCCCCACUGUAGCAAUUACUAUAAAACCAGACAUGGCUAAAGUCCAAACUCUGCCGAAACAGAAUGGAAAGAUAAUCUACCCUGGUGAUGUUAUCGAUUUACGUACCAUGAAGGUUGGCAUAAAGAUGACUGAACAAGGAAUGGACCUGACACCACCUGAGUCAUGUCGACAGUCAUUUUCAAGUGACUCUAGUGGGCGUCAAAUAACUGCGGUGCAGCCUGAGAUAGUAAAUCUUAGUGCAGGGAUCACCCCUGCAACCACAUUGUCUGUUGUCACUGACAGCAUCACAAUAGUCACAUGCACAGCCACCAUUGCCUCCUAUAACAACACUCCAGCAGAGAAACCACUCGAUUUGCAGGGCCCUGUUACGUCAUUGCCUCUGUCUCUUACCACAUACAAACCAUUCGAACCAUUAGCACAAAUUGUAUACAGACCUGUGAAUUCCCAUGCCACAGCCAGUGCUGUAGCAUCCACAGCUCAAGACAUACCCAUUAAUCUUUCUUUUGGAGCUCUUAUCUCCUCAGGAGACAAACAGCCAAUUACUUCGGCCCCAGCAGCUAUCAGCAAUGGAGGUCCUGUCCUUUCACUAGAAGCCACAGGAGCCAUGGAUCUGUCAAACUACAGACCAGUGAAAGCCAUGGUAGCGUUGUCUGGUCCAGGAGUGGUGACCACUGUUGUAGAGGAUGAUGGGACUCCAGUUGACCUUACAGCUGGUAGGAGGAGUGUAUGCUGUGAUGUCAUUUACAAGCUACCAUUUACAGGAAGCUGCAGAACACAGCCGCCGGUUACAACCCAGCCCGACAACCGUUUUGGCUAUAGAGAUGACCACUACCAAUACGAAAAUGCUGGACUGUAUGGUAUCAAAGGCAUGUAUGGUAUAAAAGCUUCAAUGUCUGAGACCAACUUGACAGAGGCAGGACUGUUCUCCUAUGAUCUCAAGAAUGACUAUGACUAUCUCAGUGGAUCUUCAGAUGGCGCUAUAGACCUCACUGCUGCCAAACUUUCCCCUGGUAAAGCUCUAGACUACACUAGCAAAGCUACUGGAGGCUACCCUGGGAUGACUACUGUUCCAUACUCCCAGGUCCCUGCAGCUGGGUUUGGUGUAAAUAGUGUUCUAAGAACUUCAGAUGGAGUAGUUUACUCCUCUGUUGUUGCCCCGGUUCCAUCCACAUAUGCAAUUACCACUCAACCAGGCUCUGUCUUUAGCACUACCUUAGCACCUACAUCAACAAUCCAGAACCAGUCAUUGCCACAUCCGUAUGGCUUCAUUCCCAGCGGAGACCCGGGACAGAUCAUCCCUUAUGACACAGGGCUACCUAAGGAGCUUUUACCCACAGCUUUGGCUGACAUCAUAACGGGCUAUCCGGAUAUGUACUCAGACACCACCCUGGAAGCAAUUGCUGCCUCUCUGGAUGCCUUAGCCUCUUCCCCAAUAUUCCCUGGAUUAGACAAUGCCAAGAUGGCCCAGUAUCAGAUGGAGAGGGAGUUUCUAGAGCUAGAGAAACUGAAGCAGUUAUGUCUUGCUGAAGAGCUGGAGUGGGAGAGGCAGGAGAUCCAGCGUUACCGUGAACAGGAGCAGCUAAUGGUCCAAAGGGAGCUUGAAGAGCUUCAGGCUCUGAAACAGCAGCUUCUCCUGCAGCAAGAGGAAGAGCACCAUGCCCACAUGGUGGCCCAACAGGAGACCUAUGCCCAGCAGAAGGAGCAGUUGCAACAAAUCCAACAACUUCAACUGCACCUCCAGCGCCAGCUAGAUGAGCACUAUGGUAGCACUGGUACCACAGGUAACCUCCUUGAUGCUAAAUAUGCAGGUGUAGGGGAUAGUGGCCAGUACUGGCCUGUCAAAGAUGAGUCUACAACUCCAUCUAUUGGUACACAGUUAGGGGAAAGUCAGGACCAGCUUAAUCUAGUAAAAAAGCUUCAAGCUGAUCAGGACACAGGGAAAAGAAUUAUUGAUAGUGGGGUGCAGACAGAUGAUGAAGACUCUGCAGAGAAGCAGUUGGUAGGAAGGAGAAAGAAGAGUAAGAGAAAUGUUGAUAGCUCAGCUCAGACUGAUGAUGAGGACCAAGAUGAAUGGGAUGCUCCCACAAAAGCUCGACGACGCUCACGAAAGCAUAGUAGUGAUGGGAAACAUGGCUCAAAGGUCUCUAGCAUUGCUAUCCAGACAGUGGCAGAGAUCUCUGUCCAGACUGACCACUCUGGAACUAUCAAACAACCCAAUGUACAGAUGGACACUAAGGUGGAAAUCAUCAAGCAUAUCUCUGCUCCAGAGAACUCUCAGAGAGGUGGCAGUCUGAGCUGUCAGACUGACUCAGACAGAAGGUACACACCCGUUGAGGUGAGCUACAGCACACACCUAACAGCAGAUGUCCCCUCUAAGUCUAAAAUCUUCUACACCCAAGUCUCCCCCCUGUCUCCGGAAAAGUCACUUGGAGGGCAAAGAAUGCUGACUGCUGAUCCAACCAGAUUUUCCUCUGGCCCUCGGAUAUUAAAGGCUGGUCAGAAGUCUCUAUCUGAUCCUAAAUCCCUUAGUCCUACCACAGAAGACAGGAUGGGUGGAUACUAUGCAGACAGCUAUUCUGGCAGAGGCUCUCCCUCUGGUACAGGUAAGAAGGUGAAGCGAACACUGCCAGAUCCCCCUCCUGAGGAUGACUCUCUGACAGGACGGUCAGGCUACAGCACCAACUCUGCUCGUCGCCGUCUUGCCCGCAGUACAACAAUGGCCCGGGCAAAGAUCCUACAGGACAUUGACAAGGAGCUUGAUUUGGUGGAGAGAGAAUCUUCUAAACUUCGCAAGAAACAGGCUGAGCUCGAUGAAGAGGAAAAGGAGAUUGACGCCAAACUACGAUACCUGGAGAUGGGUAUCAACCGGCGUAAGGAAGUCUUGCUGAAGGAGAGAGAGAAAAGAGAGAGAGCCUAUCUCCAGGGGGUAGCAGAGGAAAGAGACUACAUGUCAGAUAGUGAGGUUAGCAACAUCAGAGAGGCCAGGGGGGAUGGCCUGGAGAGACCACGGACAGCUCCCCAGUCGGAAUUUGACCAAUUUAUCCCCCCACAGACAGAAGCUGAUUCCCAGUACAACACACUUACUAGUCCCUACUCUCACUAUGCCCAGUAUGUUCCCCAAACCCAAACUACCAGCCACUACACCCAACAGAACCUAUAUCAGCAGCAGUCCCUUUACCACCAACAGGUGUCUCCUUACCCAACCCUAUCCCUCUCCCAUGCACAGACUCAACCUAGCAGCUACCAACAUGCUCUGCUCUUGCAGCAGGGAAAGCAGCGUCAAACCACCCUGACUGAUUUAGAGCCUAAGAUCACCACCAACUAUGAAGUGAUACGCAACCAGCCUCUGCUCAUUGUGCCAACCUCCACAGAAAGUGGCUAUGGGGUGGCUCAUCUGGGGGGCAAGUAUGGCAACUUGGACUUGAGGCUAGGGCUAGAGGAGAGGAGCAUGGCCUCUAGUCCGAUGUCUAGCAUUUCUGCUGAUUCCUUCUAUGCCGAUAUUGACCACCACAAUGCAAGGAACUAUGUGCUGAUAGAGGACAUAGGGGAGCUCACCAAGGCCUCAACGGGGCUAAGCAACACCAGCUUGGGUUCUGGAUUCAACCUGCCUGAUAAGGAGUUGUCCAAGGCAGACAGACUUCUCAGGGCAGCAGAAGUCAGGCGCACAGCAGAGGUGGCAGAUUUUUUAGGCUCAUCUCGGCUUCAGGGUUAUGGCAAAGGAGAAGAUGACACUAUGGAGGAGCCCUAUGAGCUGAAGCUACUGAAGCAGCAAAUCAAGCAGGAGUUCAGGCGAGGAGCUGAGGGACUAGAACACUUAACAGGCUUGGGUCUGCCUCAGUAUCUCCCCAGCGAUAGCAGUUUUCGACACUUCCCUAAAGGAGAGAAAUAUAGCAUUGGCAGGCUCACCCUUGAAAAACAGGCUGCAAAGCAACUUCCAGCAGCUGUGCUCUACCAGAAACAGAUGAAGAACAAAAAGGCCCUAAUAGACCCUAAGGCCAUUACAAAAUUUUCCCCAAUUCAAGAGAGUAGGGACCUGGAGCCUGACUUUGGUAGCUACAUGGGAUCUGGGGCCUCCUCUGUGACCAAUCUGGCGGCUACAGCAAGGUUGCUUCAGGAUGAGAUUACAUUUGGGCUAAGAAAGAACUUGUCUGAGCAGCAAAAAUAUUUGGGUUCUUCCCUGGGGGCCAAUCUAGCUGGUUCUCUUAAUCUUGGACAGUCCCUUGGCCUGGGAUCCACUAUCAGGGCUACUACCCAUGAUGAUGGCACCUACCCAAGUGGCACCCGCUCCCGACCCUCAUCACGCCCCUCCUCCCGCCCCUCUUCUGUCUAUGGCUUGGAUCUAUCCAUCAAACGGGACCUAUCCAGCUCCUCACUUAGACUUAAAACAGAGGGAGAGGUCCUAGAUGCAGCAUUUGCCCCUGGGGUGGCCAGAGCAAAGCCCACCAGUUUACCUAUCAGCCAGAGCCGGGGCCGUAUCCCCAUUGUGGCUCAGAACUCUGAGGAGGAGAGCCCUCUGAGCCCAGUGGGGCAGCCAAUGGGUAUGGCUAGAGCCUCAGCUGGACCUCUCCCUCCCAUCUCUGCUGACUCCAGGGAUCAAUUUGGGUCUAGCCAUUCCCUGCCAGAGGUACAGCAACAUAUGAGAGAGGAAUCUCGAACGCGGGGCUAUGAUCGAGACAUCGCAUUCAUCAUGGAUGACUUGCAAGGUGCCAUGUCGGACAGCGAAGCUUACCACCUGAGGAGAGAGGACACAGAUUGGUUUGAUAAGCCAAGAGAAGGGCAUCCACAGAGUGGAAACAUGUCAGACAGGAGACAGAUGAAACUGGUCCCUUAUGCCUUCCCUCACACUCGCAUCAAGCUCAAGAGAGACCUGAAUGACACCAGUGUGUCAGGAAAUGGACUAGGGAUCCGUGUGGUAGGUGGGAAGGAGAUUCCGGGGAGCCGGGGUGAGAUUGGAGCAUACAUUGCCACGGUUAUCCCUGGUGGUGUGGCAGAGCAAACAGGAAACGUUGUAGAGGGAAUGCAGGUGUUAGAGUGGAAUGGAGUCCCUCUGACGGGAAAGACUUAUGAAGAAGUGCAGUGCUUCAUUGGCCAGCCAUGUGCAGAGGCGGAGCUCUGUGUGAGACUCGACCUUAAUAUGCUGUCUGACCCUGAGCACCCACAAGCCCUGGAGCACCAUGUACAGCUUAAGGCUGUAGGUGGUCAGCGUUCCCCUGGUGUGGAUCCUAAGCAGUUAGCUGCAGAACUGCAGAAGGUGUCUCAGCAGCAGGCUCCCGGUGUGGCUGGAACAGGGGUUGGGCCUGGGGGUUUGGGGGUCCUCUCUGCAUUGGAGCGCUCUGCACUCCUCCACUCAGGUACUGGAUCGGCUGCCUCCAGUGGUGUGCCAAGCCCCGGCCAGCCUGCAUCCCCUGCCAUAAACAAGAAACAACGACACAAGCCAACAGAGGUAAUGAAGAUGCCUCAUCCCAUCACUGGAGAAAUUCAGCUCCAGAUCAACUAUGACAGGAAUCUAGGAAACCUGAUCGUCCACGUCCUGCAGGCUAGAAACCUGGCCCAGAGGGACAAUGACGGCUACUCUGACCCUUUUGUCAAGGUCUACCUCUUACCUGGGAGAGGACAAGUCAUGGUUGUCCAGAAUGCAAGUGCUGAUAACAAGAGAAGGACCAGGUAUGCCCAGAAGACCAUGAACCCAGAAUGGAACCAGACUGUCAUCUACAAGAACAUUCAUUUGGAGCAGUUAAAGAAAAAAACACUGGAGGUGACAGUGUGGGACUAUGACAGAUCCUCCUCCAAUGACUUCCUUGGAGAAGUGUUGAUUGACUUGUCAAACACAACCCAGCUAGACAACACUCCUCGCUGGCUGCCUCUGAAGGAGCAGAGUGAGAGCAUUGAGCACAGCAGAGCCCACCAUGCUGCUCAAGGCCCACCAGGGUCUGGGCCAGGUCAAGGACACAGCCAAGGCCAGGGCCAUAUGUCAGGAUCUGGUAUGGGGCCUGGGCAUGGUAUGGGACAGAGUCAAGCACCAGGACAGGGAGAUGGGACUCAUGAUUCACCUAAAAACUCUGUGAUAAAGAGCAGAAGUCAUGGAAUCUUCCCCGAUCCAGCCAAAGACAUGCAGAUGAUGCCCUUGGAAAAGUCACACAGCAGCCCAGGCAGCUCCAAGUCUUCCUCUGAUGGCCAACUCCGCUCCCAUGGCCCCUCCCGAAGCCAAAGCAAGAGCAGCGUCACUCAGGCCCACCUUGAGGAUGCUGGGAUAGCCAUUGCUGCCGCAGAGGCUGCUGUGCAACAGUCCCGCCUGCAACCAAGACCAGGACACCGACUGGGUGAUGUCUCAGGGUCAGUGGUGCUGUCUGCCCCAAGUCUUGUGGGAGACGCCUAUGGAGGUCUGGAUGGGGAAGAGGCGACAGGCACUGGAGUGGACAGUGCCAUUUUUCAAGUGCCACGCAUUGGUAAGACUAUUCCUAAUGGCACUGACAAAAACCAACUAGGGACCCCAGAAAAUGAAGGUGGUAAAACACAGGUAAUGGGGGAGAUCAAGGUUGCACUCAAGAAGGAGGUGAAAACAGAAGGGGACCAACUAGUCUUGGAGAUCCUUCAAUGCAGAAACAUCACUUACAAGUUCAAAAGCCCAGACCACCUACCAGACCUGUAUGUGAAGUUGUAUGUGGUGAAUGUAGCCACUCAGAAGAGAAUCAUCAAGAAGAAGACCAGAAUUUGUCGACAUGACAGAGAGCCAUCUUUCAAUGAAACCUUCAGAUUCCCCCUCAACCCAACUGGACACUCCAUACAGCUUUUCUUGGUGUCCAAUGGAGGCAAGUUCAUGAAGAAGACCCUGAUAGGGGAAGCCUACAUCUGGCUGGACAAGGUGGACAUGAGGAAGCGGGUGGUCAGCUGGCACAAGUUGUUCGUCAGCUCCACUCAGACCAACCCCUGAACACCACGGCAAAAGGAUGGGGAUGCGAUAAAUCAAUGAAAGGUGAAGUCAGAAUGUACAAGUUCAGAGAUCCAAUUUUACAAAAAGGUGAAUAGGAGAAACAAAAAAAGUUCAAGAAGAGGAGCUAAAAAGAUCAAUUUAAUUCCUUCAUUCUUCCUUUACUUCUUCAGUUCCUACGUUAAAAAAGGAGGGAAUUAUGUGCUAAUAUCAUUUAUCAGUAACAACUGUAUCAGUCUAACACUGCCAGCACACAUGUCCACCUCUUCCCAUGUUGAGUCUCUGCUGGCUGUGGACUUUGCUUGUAGGAUGCAAACAUGCAAAUACCACAGCAGGCACUGAAACUGACACUGCAGCAAUAUGGCAUUGAGAGCAGUGAUGUCUUUCUUACCAUAAUUCCAAUUCCAUAAUCCACAAGAGAUUUUGUUGUUUUGGUGCUGUGCAAUCGAGCUAACAUAUCUAUCAGAGUGAAAGAUAAAAAAAACAAAAAAAACAAAGGUGCAUUUGACCACAGAAUCAUCUACUGAAUUAGCAUUGUGUUUUAUCCAUGCAAGAGUCACAGUUGUAAUGCCCAAAUGAUGGUUGUGAUGUGUGUGAUCAGUGGUCUUGAAAUAUUUAAUGAUGAAGGAAUGCAUAAUGUUUUUUGUAUGACAGCCUGUCAGGUUCAUGUAAAAAGAAAAAAAAAGCCUAUGUGGAAGAGUCAGACAGUUGACUUUUGCUAUGGGAUGAAGAUAACAUGUACAGCACUUCAGAUUGUACAUAUCACACAUGCAGAUAAUAGAGCAUAUCAGUGAAUCACAUUGUACAGUGUGAUGUUUAUAUAAUAUACAAAUAUAGAUGCAGAAUAUAUCUAAAUAGAAUAUACAGUAUAAGAGUUGUUCUCUUGUCAUUAGAUUAUAUAUAAUAAAAUAUAGACAUAUGAUAUCUGUUAGACUGAGGCUGCGGGUGGCGCACUGACAAUCCAGUAGGCUUCUUUAGUCUGUGGUGUAGGCUGUCUUAAUCACUGUUAUGUGAAUGUGGACCUAUAUGAGCUCAAGGAUGUUCAUGAAAAAUAGCUCCUUCUGUCUUCUGAUCACACUGACACACCAAUAGAUACGCAACAGGGCUUUGAGAGAUUAAAAUUUUAUGGGUAAAGGACAACAUCCAGUGACUUAUUGCCAUUUCACUGGCAUGCUUUUGUGUAUAGCAGGUUAGAAUUACAAUAACAUGAACGGCAUUUUCUGUUUCAAAGUCCAAAACAAAUGCUGUGUUUGAAUGUUACAAGCCAACUGUAGAUGACAAGAGUUUAUCACAUCUGUGUCAUGUGUAUAACAUUUUUCUUUAAGGCUGUUGUUGUGUCAAACCCAUAUGUAGAUCUCCAACUGUCUUUACUUCAGUGUGACAGCUCUGCUUUCUGUGUAUUAGUAAAGCCCCCUCGUCUGAGUUUUACCUAAAGAUAAUUUCAAAAUUAAGAAAAAAAUGUUCUUAGCAGUCAAAUGUCAAGGUUCCUCUGUGUUUAUGGCUGUGCUGUAAAACUCACCAUGCUGUUUUGUGUCAGUGACUUGCAUUGCAACACAGUGAACCAGCCUCUUUCACUGCCUGUGACCAAAACACUCACUCAGGCCCACUCGAGAUCAGUAAUAUUUAAGUCAAAAGAAGGCAUAGGGCCACGUCUCAGCACUAACGUGGAGCAGGUGACCCAUGUAUUCAUCCUGUAAUCUUUUGCCACCCUAUCUAUUAAAUAAAAUAAAAAAACACUAUCAGUGACCCUCUGAACUACUGUCAGUGUAUUUAGGUAUAUCACAGGGCUGAUGCAAUUUUUUAAGAAUCAAAUAUAACAGAGGAGAUAACACACUUAGAACCAGAUGUCACUUAAAUUUUACAGCAAAGGAUAACAAAAAAAGAGAAUUUAAUGAGGAAGGGAAGAACGUGGUGGAUUUUUCAGAUAAUUCUUUUGCAGUGCCAACCUUAUUUUUUUUAUUCCAAAACCAUUGGUUCUUAAUUCUAUGCAACAUAGAUGUGUUUGGAUGCAUUUGUUUGUUUUUUUGGAACAAAAUGUUAUAUCUGUGAAUAUAUGGUCUAAAGAUAUGUCUUAUAGAAAAAUACAUUUAAUUUGUACAUCAUUGAAAGAAAAUAUUAAAUAUAUUGUUUGUUUUUUACUGAUUUUAAUAUAAAUUGAUGUUAACAGUUGUCGACAUCAAUUGCUCGUGCACUUUAUGAUUACAUUGUUUAUUUUCUUGUCUCAUCUUAAUUGUCAUAACAUGCAGGAUCAUGUGUUUUGUGUUUCUGCACUGAUAUGAACUGAAUCAUGGUGUAUGUGAUGGCAGAAAAUAUUGUGGUGUGCAUUUUGUAUCUAUGUGGCAAAAGAAAAACAUGUAGACACGUUGGGGUUCCUAAACAAAAUGCACAAUCUGGGGAGAAAUCACCCUUACUACAUCCUGCUCCUAGUCUACUUAACAGUCUGUGUACAAAGUACAGUAAAUAAGACAUAUUCCCUCUAUGCUCAGCCAUGACUGUUUAACCCCUCGUGUUUCAUUAGAUUUCCCUCAAGCUAAAUACUGUUUGUUCAGAUCAGCUGUUGCCUGUAAUUGUGAAACCAUCUAUUUGUUGUUGUUCUGAGGGGUGUGAAUGUGACCUUUGUCCUUUGACAUGUGUACAUAAAGUGUUUAUUUUCUACAAAGACUGAAUGUUUAUAUGUCUGGAGUUUGAGCAUGUGAGUGUCGAAAAAAAUCACAAAAGACUUAAUCAUUGUACAGCAAUGCAAGUCUAUCGUUGUAUAAGGGGAGUUGACUGUGUGAUCAAAACAUGUGCUGUCAACCAAUGGCUAUCUGUGCAAACAACACAAAGGGAGGGGGGGAAAAAAUCAACUUCAAUAGUUGUCUGAGACUUUCUGUUUUGGAUGUUGCAUGUUUUGUUGAUGGUUUGUCAGUAUAUUUUGCCUACAGAUUAUGUUAAAGAGACUGAAUAUGUAUAGAUUUAUCUGUAUGCUGACUGUAAAGAAAUAUGCUUGUAAAAUUGUCUUGUUUUUCACUCAGUGUAAAAACAAAGAAUCUAAUGUUAUGGUUUUGUGAUUGUACACAGGAUGUGUUGAGAUAUUAUGCAAAUUGUGCUGUAAAAAUCAGCUGUUUACCCUGAGUCUAAAGAAUAAAUAUUAAAAAGAGCUAUAUUACA